AUCAGUAGUAACAACGUAGUAAUCCUUAUUCUCGCGCUAUCGAGAUAUAAGCACCGCUACCAAAAGUCUCCAGUAUACGCGUCGCCGAUCCAUUCCCUGUCGAAUUAGUUGUACGCACUUGUUGACGGUCAACAUGUCGAGUAACAAGAAAUCGGAUAUUCUAUACCUGUUUGAUCGACCCGCAGAGCCGGUGUACGUGCCCAAGGGAGAGAACAGAGUCGCUUUUCAAGUACCAGCUAACUACCUGCCCGAAAAUCGACAACCGAUGGCUCCCGAGGUAUUUAACCGUUUCGCUGAAGAUACCGCAUCGAAAGUUCCAGUAAAACAGAUCAGUCUACCGGAUUUAAGCAUUCCCCUUCAACUUGGACGUCGAGAACCCUUCUCUCUUUUCAUCCCUAAACAUCGAAAAUUAGCCGCGCGACUUAUCGACAUCUUUUUAGGUAUGCGAACCUAUGACGACUUCCUCUCGGUGUCUGUUUACUGUCGCGAUCGCGUUAAUCCCGAGAUGUUCGUCUACGCGCUCUCGGUAGCGAUCUUGCAUCGUCCCGACACCAAGGAUUUACCGAUACCACCGCUAUCGGAAAUUUUCCCGGAUAAAUACAUCGACAGCGCGAUAUUUGCUAGAGCAAGGGAGGAAGCCAACGUUGUACCAGCUGGCUCCAGGUUGCCCAUCGAAAUUCCGCGAGAUUAUACCGCGUCAGAUCUUGACGAGGAGCAUCGCGUGGCUUACUGGAGGGAAGAUAUCGGGCUCAAUCUUCAUCACUGGCACUGGCAUCUGGUCUAUCCAUUUGAGACUGACAUAAACAUUGUUAACAAAGAUCGACGUGGCGAGCUAUUCUACUAUAUGCACCAUCAAAUCCAAGCUAGAUACAAUUGCGAACGUCUGUGUAACCGAUUGGGUCGAGUGAAGCGUUUCCAUAAUUGGCGCGAACCGAUCCCGGAGGGUUACUUCCCCAAGUUGGAUUCGUUGGUGGCCAGUCGCACCUGGCCCGCUCGUCCGGCUGGCGCCAUCCUCAAGGAUAUCAAUCGUCCCGUGGAUCAACUCAACUUUGAUCUUCAAGAUUUGGAGAGAUGGCGCGAUCGCAUCUACGAGGCCAUUCACACCGGCGCUUAUAUUAAUCCCCGAGGAGAGAGAGUGCCUUUGACCGAGUUUGGCGGCGUGGACGUGCUCGGUAACAUUAUGGAGGCCAGCAUUUUGUCGCCCAAUCAGAAUGUCUACGGGGACCUUCACAACCUCGGUCAUGUCGCCAUCUCUUACUGUCAUGAUCCCGAUCAUCGUUACUUGGAAACUUUCAGCAUCAUGGGAGAACCGGCCACAGCUAUGAGAGAUCCCAUCUUCUACAGAUACCACGCUUUCGUCGACGAUGUAUUCCUGGAGCACAAGAAUACACUUCCCGAGUAUAGCCUACAGCAGUUGGACUUUUCCGGCGUGGAAAUCACUGACAUAGGAGUACAGACUCCGAAUCAACCGUCAAAUCUGCUCGCUACCUUCUGGAACAAGAGCGACGUCGAUCUAUCCCGUGGUCUUGACUUUACACCACGCGGUCCGAUUCUUGCCAGAUUCACUCAUCUGAAUCAUUCUGACUUCACAUACAGAAUCGUCGCCAACAAUCGCAAUAACGCAGCGCGUCGAGGAACCGUUCGUAUAUUUAUGGCGCCCAGACAGGAUGAACGAGGAUUACCUUACGUCUUUAGAGAUCAGAAGGAGCUAAUGAUUGAAAUGGAUAAGUUCACUGUACUAUUGAGACCAGGACAGAAUAUUAUCGAGCGUAAAUCAACGGAGUCUUCGGUAACUAUACCGUUUGAAAGAACGUUCCGCAAUCUCGAAGAGAAUAGACCGGUCGGCGGCGAUAGCUUGGAACAGUUCAACUUUUGCGGAUGCGGCUGGCCGCAGCACAUGCUGAUACCUAAGGGAAAGGAGGAGGGAUUCCCGAUGGACCUCUUCAUCAUGAUAUCCGAUUACACCGGUGACGCGGUGGAGCAGGACGAAUCGGCUGGAUGCAAGGAUGCGGUGAGCUACUGCGGUCUGCGGGACCGCAAGUAUCCGGACGCUCGACCCAUGGGUUAUCCGUUCGAUCGCAGAGCUCGAGCUGGCGUGGAGACUCUGGCCCAAUUCCUCACCGGUAAUAUGGCGGUCACGCAGAUCACUAUCCGCCAUACGGAUACGGUGCUACCGCGAAUGCGAUCCGGAAGCAUGGGCAACACCCUCACCUUCGCUUGAAUCUGAUGAUGAUGAUGAUUGACCGAUCGAUGGACCGCUCUCGUAUGUAUCUUCCCCGCCCGGAGAAUUCUGACGCCUUCUAUCUUCGCCGCAUUCCCGCGAGCUUGCAAUAUCCCGUCGGAGAUCGCGACUGAUUGCGUGAGUAGGAAGGAAGAGUGGAGUCGAGAGGGUGGCAGGAAGGGAUGCAAGAGACAGCAAGAGUUGUUCUAUCUAGUCUAUAUCCUUGGACAAUGAAUGCCGGAAUAGCGGGUGCGAACGAAAAAGACCGGAGGUUCGACGAAGCACUAUUUCCAUAUCUCAAGAUUAUCCGCAGGAUCUUUUCUUGGCGCAGGAGUGCACACAAUCUUGUACGCAAAAGUAAUUGCUCCCACGCGAUCUCGCGAAAUUGAUUUUCGUUCGGGAAAUAAUAUCUUAGAUAGAAUUGUAUCCAUGUUGUAGAACUUAGAGUUUCUUCAAUCAUUUUAUCAAAUAAUUCUUUUCAUACUUACUUAUUUUCUUUUAGCUAUUUUAGCAAACAUAUACAAAAAAAUAUAACGCUUUAUAUGUGUAACUUAGAGUAAUAUUUUUAAGUAUAUUUUUCAUAUUUUAACUUUUUAUUACAUUUUUCAUUACGCGCGCGCGAAUCAAUUCUAUUGAAUGAAUUUUUCUCUCUUGAACGAUUCUAUAAAGAUUGUUAUAUUUACGAUUUCACAAUUUACGCGUCCACGAACAAUAUGUACCGCUUAACAAAUGUAUCUUUGCGUAAAAACAGGAACAAAGACAUGUCCCGAACGCCCAGGCGGAGUUUUUCCCGCUUUCUUUCUCUCGUUUCACCCGCAUUACGGAAACUAGAUUGUAGGAAGCAGCAAAUGUAAAAAGUAAAAAAAAAGAUUAAAAUAAAGUCUAUGCAAAUUA